UCUAUCUAUUUUUAAAAUUAGUUUCAGAUUAUCAGGAAAGAAAGAAAGAAAGAAAGAAAAAAGAUCUCAAUGUCCCAAGUGUGAAAUAGUGAUGAAUUGUCGAAAGAUAGUCAUUGGUGGACGAAAGUGUUUUGUAUAGUGAUGUGUGAUUUAAUGAUGACAAGUUCGCCGCUCCUGUUACGCUGUGACCUGUGACGACCUGAGACCUGGACCUGUGCGCCCCUCUGGCACCUUGAACCAAGCCCCUAGCACAUUCACCUGCGGGUCGGGUGAGGCGAGGUCAGGUCAUGGAUGGCGCAGGAGGCGGCUGUGUCUCGUCGUGCCAGAGCUCCCCGAGGAGACGGCGCAAGUCCACCUCGCCCUCGAGCCACCAAGAAUUCCACGCCCACGAUGCCUACGAGGGCGAGGACCCGCCGCCCACCUGGGUGUACAUGACGGUGUGGGUGGCCGGGGUGCUCGUGUACGCCAACGGCCUCUCCGGGGACUUUGUGCAUGAUGACGUCAGCGCGAUCAAGACCAACCCGGACGUGCUGGCGACGACCCCCCUCUCGCAAGUCUUCCUCAACGACUACUGGGGGAAGCCCAUGUCCGACCCCCUCUCGCACAAGUCGUACCGCCCGCUCACCAUCCUCACCUUCAGGUGUCUGCCCUCACUACGCAAAAACCGGAUGUCUGAGAGCAGCAGUCCGGCGGCUCAGAUCGAUCUCCGUUACAUGCAAGAAAACGGAAUAUCAAAAGGGUACACGGAUGUAUAUUUUUACACAUCUAUGGGCAUAUUGACAAAAAGGCCAACAGGAAUCAAUAUGGCCCAUACGCUGAAGCUCUUGAAGGCUCGAGGACCACCGCUCAAGUGUCAAGUCGGACUUCAAAGCGCGUGCUAUUCCUGA